AUGGGGCAAAACUUAGCUUUACAAUUACCACCUUUUGUAUUAUCACCGGUUGUAGUGCUUCCUUCCAUUAACCAGGAACAAAGUAUUAAUAUUCAAACAAACGAAAACAACGAGGAGGCAUUUGAACAAGACGAUUUUCCUGAGAAACUUAUCAAACCAUUUUGUAAUACCACAGGGAACUUAGAUAGUGCAGUUAACGAUCCAGAUAAUGUGAGAGAAAUCAACAAUAGUACCGAGUUAGCUGAAAGUGAAGAUGCUAACUUAGAUAAAGACAUGUUUCGACAAAACACUAUGACCAGUAAUAAUCCUGUAACCGAAUCAAACAUUAACGACAAAGAAAGUACUACAAUAACGUCAGGCGAUAUAAUUGCAACAUCAGCAAAAAUAGACGGUAUACAAACCACAGCUCCUCCCGGAUUUUAUCCUACGGCGGUUAUAUAA